CCGACGACCUUGACGGUACAAACAAAAACGACUGACUUUAUCUAAACAAAGCAUUAAAACUGUUCUGUUUCCACAGCAUUUGUGAGAAAAAACCAGCCAGCAAUGUCUGAAAGUGGUGCUGAUGGUGAACCACGGCAGGUGUUUGUGGUGCCGGAAAAGCUGGUAAAAUCGCCCACUGAUAUGGAGCUGUGGAGAAUGUCCGAAUGUUACUACGAUUUGUUGGGAUUCAUCAGCAGCAUGUCUGUGGCGUUGCAAGGAACGCGCAACAGCCAGGAAGUGCCGAUACCGCCAGUGGUUGAAAAGCUCAUGAAGGUGUUAGACCGACUGGAACAGCUGGCAAUCGAAACACCCCCGGUUGAUCAGCCGGCACGAUUCGGUAACGUAGCGUUCAAGAGUUGGUAUCAAAAGAUGCAAUCGGAAAGCGUGCAGCUCAUUAGCGAUGUACUGCCGGAUCCGCUGAAAGAGGCAACGAAGGAGCUGUGCGUCUACUUUGUCGAUUGUUUCGGGAAUCCAACACGUAUUGAUUACGGUACUGGACACGAGUUAGCUUUCAUCAUGUUUCUGAUGUGCUUAUUUAAGAUCGGUGCUUUCGAGCGUAAAGAUGAAGUAGCAGUCGGAUUGAAGCUGUUUCAGAAAUACAUCAUACUGGCAAGAAAGCUACAGGUGACGUACCGUAUGGAACCGGCCGGUAGCCAUGGUGUGUGGAGUUUGGAUGACUUUCAGUUCGUUCCCUUCAUAUGGGGCAGUGCGCAGCUUGCCGUGAACAGUCCAAUCGAGCCAGCGCAGUUCGUGGAAGAGAAAUCGAUCGCAAAAUACAAAAAGGAGCUUAUGUUUGUCAGCUGCAUCGACUACAUACAGCAGGUGAAGACGGGCCAUUUUGCCGAACACUCGAAUCAGCUCUGGAGCAUCAGCGCAGUUCCGCAGUGGUCAAAGAUCAGCACCGGACUGAUUAAAAUGUACCAAAAGGAGGUGCUGUCGAAGUUUCCCGUCAUUCAGCACGUGUACUUCGGAUCAAUACUUACGUUAAAAACGGUUAAACCAGGCACGAUGUUGCCCAAUCCAAGGCUGGGCAUGAUUCCGCGGCAGCAGGUUCCGGUACUGCCGGCAGUACCAGCACCUCCAAAGUUUCCCGGUGGCGAUGGAAUGUGAUAAAAUUGUGUGCUGCACAUGCUACUAGUUUGUGAUUGUUCGAAGAAUAAAGCAUUGAAAAAAUUUUCAAGUUUGCGUUGAAUU